AUGGAUGCCACCGCGGAAGCUCGAAGGCUUGCGGUGGACGUGGUGUUGCAGGGUAGCAUUCCGCUACAGCAGGUGGGUGGCCAUGUGUUUGGAGGCAAGCCCGCGGAGGCCCUCGAGAAGAUGGCGCGAUUGGUGAGCCAGAGCGACCAUCCCCAGCAAGCUGAGGCGGUCGCAAAGCUUCGUAGCAUCGGCCCGCUGCCCGAGUCGUUCGAGAUGCUCUACAUGUUCCCCAUCAGCGCGACCGAGACACAGCUGAGGGUCCGGAUGCGCACCGCGAGCGCACAGGAAGCAGUGCGGAGCCUGGGUUCGCAGUCGCAUCCCUGCCUGAGGGGCGUCCCCGAAGCGAUCGCGUUGGUGAAGAGCCCGCUGCAUGGCACGGCGCAGAAGAUCGGGGUGCAUGUGUUUCCCGACGUCUCACUGGCAAUGGGGUGCUUCCGGAGGAUGCGUGGUCUGGUCGAAACGGACCAGGAGGCUGUCUUGGAGCUGGCUCUGCUUGAGGACCAGCUGCACAAUGUGGAUGUGAAGGCCGCCCGUGGCAAGCCCAUCACUGCUAUGGAGACGGCGGUGUGGACGGCGGAGUCCGAGCCCAUCGAGCCCGAGCAGUCCCAGGAGCCAGAGCCCGCCGAGCCCGAGCAGUCCCAUGAGCCAGAGCCCAUCGAGCCCGAGCAGUCCUAUGCCGAGCAGUCCCAUGAGCCAGAGCCCGCCGAGCCCGAGCAGUCCUGGGAGCCCAUGGAGGAGGAUGAUGGAGGCGACGACCGGCCCGAUGAGCCCUACCGGCCCGUGGACCUGGGUCACUACACACUCUUGACCGAGGAGUUCGCGGAGCCGCCGGAGGACCUGGAUGCCGAGCGAUAUUGGCUCUGCUGGGAGAGGGUGGACUGCGUGACAAUCGCGGAGGCUCUGCGACUUGAUGCGGUGCGGCGCUGCCCCGACAGUGGGCUCUUCGACGUGCUCUACAGCUUCUCCAAGGACGGCAUUGGCUGGGUGCCCGUGCUGCUGCGCCCAGGGCGCUGCCCGCCGGGCAUGCGUGGCAGGAUCUUCUGCGGCCCCAAGGCCUCUCCGAAGAAGAAGGCCAAGACGAUGACCGAGCCUGGGCCCAGAGAGGCCUUCAUCGAGAAGCUGCCUGCGGAGAUCAGGAAGGAGAUGGCGCAGGGCGUGCCAGAACAGUUGAUAGGGCGGUCCGCCUUUGCUUUCAAGAAGGUGGUGCGGUACAUCGUGCGAUGCAGACUGGACUCCGUCGAGGUCGACAUCUCCAAUGCGUUCUACCAGCUGCUUCAUCGCAUCGUGCCCCUCCCGGAGACGCUGGCCGAGUACCUGGCCCACCGCGAUGCGAAGCUCCAGCACAUCGGCGAGGUCCUGCUUCCGAAGCUGUCAGAGAAGGCCCGACGCAGGGAAGCCAAGAAGCUGCUCAUCCGCCUCGGGUUCGGUGGCAGCUUGGCCAACUGGGCGAUGGAGGCCCUCGGGAAGGUUCCGCUGGGCUCAGAGCCUGCUCCGCGUGGCCCCCUGGCAUCAUGGCUCUACAGGUUCGAGACCCAAGCACGUCGCUGGCAUACGGAUAUCUUCGAGACCAUGUCGGACGAGGCCAAGCACCUUACCGUCUACGCCCAUGGGGAGAACCUCUACCUGGGGAAGAUGCGGGACAGCUGUGGCUCGUUCUUCAACGACCACCAGAACGACGGCAUCGGGGUCCUACGCGGCGGGGCGCAGUUCGUGGUCGCUGCGUUGCCCGACAUCCAGGUGGCGGUACAGGAGCUGGAGGAUCCGUGGCUUCACGCGGCCGAGAAGUACCCGAAGCUGGACUGGAGCCUGAAGGCGAGCAUGCAGACGGAGGAGUUUGCUGCUCUCCGCCAGAGAUGCCGGCAGCAUGUCUUGAAUGGGCGUGCGCGACAGAACACGGUGGAGUUCGCCAAGCUGGCUGCAGCGCUCCUGGCGCCCGUCGUCCACGUGCCCGUGGAGGGAGGUGAGAAGCGGACCACCUUCGAGAGCUUCGAGAGGCACGGGCAUUGGCUCAUUCGCAGUCGCGACGACCUGGGACAGAUCAUGGAGGAGCUCAUGGCCAACUUGUGCCGCCCGGUCUUCGCCCCCCCCGACUACAUCCCGCCAUACCCACUGAACGACAACACGUUCUUCUCCGGGCUCAGCUCUUCGGUGCUUGGCCGCCUUGCAGGACCAGCCCUGCCCGACGUCGAUGGUGACGGGACCCGUUACCGGAUCCUCCUGUCCGACGGCGCCCUGUACGACUUCCAGGAAAAGAUCUUCAGAUCUCCGGUGCCGGGGGACCGCAUGGGCUUCCGGGCCAGCGCCACGUCCAAGGUGUGGGAGCCCCCCUUCGACACCGAGCUCUUUGUGCACAUCAAGGCCUUCCUCCUCGAGUAUGUCGGGUCAGACCAGGGCUUGUUGACGGGCUCCGAAACGGGCAAGAAGGUGAUCGAGUGCUUCGAGGCCCUGCAGUCUGCUGGGUGCGAGCUGCUCGCCGUCUUGAAGGCGUACAGGGGUUGGGACUCGGUGCUCUACGACCUGCGCACCUUCGCCAGGGCCAUCUCGGCCUGCCCUCGGUUUUGCGAGAUGUACUACUUCUGGGGCGGGCAGUCCACGGGGAAGGACACAAAGGUGAAGCUCCUGCACCGCUUCCUGGGCGGCGGCGAGCACAACUAUGCGGUGAGCCUGCCCGGCAACUACGUGGUGGCGGCCAGCGGCGCGGACCGCGCGGCUCGUGACGCCGCUUCGCCCUACCUGGCUCGCACACGGGGAAAACGCCUGAUCUGGUGCUCGGAAGUUCCAGCACACGAGGCCAUGGCGGACGGGUUCGUAAAGCCAUGGUGCGAGAUGCAAGGGGCCCCGAUUACGGGACGCAAGUUGCACACCGCGCCCGUCGACUUCACCCCGCAGGGCAUCUUGAUUUGCACGAGCAACUCCCCACCGAAGCCCGCGGCCCCAGAGGGGAUGGACAGACGGCUGCGAGUAUAUGAGACCUCCGUGAAGUUCGUGACGCGGCCCGACGAGAACAGCCUGACCCAGGCUCGCGCAGUGGACGAUCUGAAAGGCAGGAUCCAGGCCGGGAUCUUCGACCCCUACAUCUUGUACUUCGCCAUCCACCUGGUGGACACGCUCGUGGAGGAGCUCAACCCGGGCACGGAGCUGAAGCCGCAGCCUCCCGAGAUGAAGCUCUCGGCCGACGAGCCUGUUGGGGAGAUACCGGGGCCUGGCUACGUGGAGAUGCGCUGCCGCCUCGUGCAUCGUUCCGACGCGAGCCUCAUGAAGGAUGUGCUCCAUGACCUUCGGCAGUGGAGUGGCGAGAACGCGGAUGGGACCAAGAAGGUGGCGCGCACGCUGGGCAUCAAGGGUGCGAGCUGGGGCGCACACUACAUCGCCACCGUCAUGAAGGACGGCAAUGUACAUGGCCUGCAGCUGAAGCCGCAGCCGGUGAUUCUGUGA